CUCUGAUUCCGGCCAUGUAAACAGCAAGGAAUCUCGCUCUCCCCAGCUCAGCCCUUUGGAACCGCCGCCUAGAACUCAGUCCACCCCAGGAGGAGGCGCCAAAUCCGGCUCGGCUGGUCGGUGCAGAGACCCGCCUCGGAAAGUCGGCCUGCCUGCCUUCUUUCUCUCCGUUCUUGCCUAGGCCGCGUCAGUUCCCCGCACCGCCCGCCACUUUACGUCGCUAUGGUGCUGCGCGGAGUGAGAGUGCUGGAGAUGGCGGGCCUAGCACCGGCCCCGCUCUGCGGCCUGAUUCUGGCCGACUUCGGGGCGCAAGUGGAGCGGGUAGACCGCUCGCCCCGCACGGCCAUGGCUACGGACGUGCAAGGCCGGGGCAAACGGUCUCUGGCGCUGGACUUGAAACAGCCCGCGGGCGCCGCGACGCUGAGGAGACUCUGCCAGAAGGCAGAUGUGCUUAUCGAGCCCUUCCGACCAGGUGUGAUGGAAAAACUUGGUCUUGGUCCGGAUAUCCUUCUUCAGGAUAAUCCUAAACUCAUCUAUGCUAGGCUAACUGGAUUUGGUCACACGGGAAAAUAUGCCAGAUUGGCAGGUCAUGAUAUCAACUUUUUGGCACUGUCAGGUGUAUUGUCAAAACUUGGCAGAAAAGAUGACAAUCCUUGUGCUCCUAUCAAUCUUCUGGCUGAUUUUGCUGGCGGUGGUGUCAUGUGCGCAAUGGGCAUCAUUAUGGCACUGUAUGAACGUACAAAAUCUGGCAAAGGGCAAAUCAUUGAUGCAAGUAUGGUAGAAGGUACAGCAUACCUAAGCUCUUUUCUGUGGAAAUCACAAAACCUUGGCCUUUGGAACAGACCUCGUGGUGAGAACCUUCUGGACAGUGGUGCCCCUUUUUAUGAAACAUAUAAGACCUCAGAUGGGAAAUUCAUGGCUGUUGGUGCAAUUGAACCACAGUUCUAUGAGCAGUUCAUCAAUGGUCUGGGGCUGGAUUCUCAUAAACUUCCCAGUCAAAUGAGUUUCUCUGACUGGCCUGAAAUGAAGACGAUGUUUGCAGAUGUAUUUGCAAAGAAAACCCAAGCAGAAUGGUGUGAAAUCUUUGAUAAUGUGGAUGCCUGUGUGACAGCAGUUUUGACUUUUGAUGCUGCUGCCUCACAUCCACAUAACAAAGAACGUGGUUCUUUUCUUAAAAAUGACCAGGGGGAGAUAAGUCCUAGACCGUCUCCACUUCUUUCUAGGACCCCAGCUAUCCCUUCUUCCAAAAGGGACCCAUUUAUAGGAGAGCACACUGAAGAUAUCCUCUUGGAGUAUGGUUUCUCUAAAGAAGAGGUUUCACAGCUCCAUUCUCUUAAAGUAAUUGAAUUCAAUAAGCCUAAAGCUAAUUUAUAAUAACUCUACAAAUCAAAGAGUCCUACACUGGCAUGUUAUAUUUUUAACCCCAUUUGUGCUGUAUUCUUAGCAAGGGAAAGUUUUGUACAGUAUCCUCUGUAUUUUCAUUUUCUUUCCCAGAGGAUGUUUGGAAUGGUAGUAAAUUCCCCAAUAUCUUUCAGCUAAUUAUGCUUGGAAGGUUUUCUCUCUUUUCUGCUAACGCCGUUUGAGAGCCAUGCAUUUAAGUUUGAGAAAUGAACACUAGCCAGACAAGAUGUAUAUUGAUCUACGUGGAUCAUCAUUCAAUACUUACGCUGAGAAACACACUAAUGCAAAUAUAGGUGCAGCUUGUCCUGAUGUUCUCCAGUGUGGAUGAUCAGUAGGUCUGUGUAUUAAUCACAUGAAGAAAUUACUAAUACCAAAUUUAGGCAGAUUCUGCUGCUGUGCAAAGAAUAACAGGAAUAAAAGGAUGAAGAACAUUUUUCACAGAACCAUGCUACCUUGAAAACUCACACUCUUGAAAGAGUUUUCAGAAAUUCCUUAAAGGUUUUUGCUUACAAUACAAGGAUUAAAAACCCUUCAUUACUUCCUUCAAUAAGCUUCUAGCAAGCAGGUAGUGUUAUUUUCAAAACAUUAUGUCUAUGGAGUAGUGGGGAAAAAGGGCAUUCCUCUCUGCCUAUAACAGAGUCCCAGAUGCUGAUGGGACCUGAGUGCUGGUUCAUUCUCUCCUCCCCCCUCAAACAUAAUUUUAUGCUUAUAUGGUGUACACAAAUGGUGUGCACAAAAAGCUUAUUUUGUAUUAGUAUUUGCCGUAUGGAAUAAGAAUAUUAUUGAAUUGCAAUUUGGUGAAAUUGUUACUGUUUUAAUUAAUGAUCACAGUGAAGGAUUUGAGUCCUGUUAAUCUGGUCUUAUCCUUUCGAUUUUGUGUUUGCAAUUUGUUGUAUCAUUUUGUUGCGGCUUAAAGCCAAAACCAAACAAAUAUUUUAAAAUUGCAUGUUCUGUAAAUUAACUAUUGGGAUGUUAUCAUCCUUUAGUUUGUAAUUUAUACUGUAAUGAUCUAAAGACAAGUGGUUUUCAAAAACGGUAUUAACACAUUUUUAAAAAAAUCUUAUGAAUAAAAGUGUGAAAUUAA